GCCUGGGCAAGGUUUAGUUCAAACUAAGUUUGUUUAGAUUUAAAUAGCAUCUGGAAAAAUUAUAAAGCAUGCCAAUUGAAGAAAACUUCCCUGAAGGUUUGGAACCGAUAGGAAAGAUCCUGCACUCCGACGGCGAGAACUUCCACUUCAUGUGGGGGCCCGGCAGAUCCAAUGCUGAAGCAUUCAGCAACGAGGAUGUCAAGGCAGCCUACGCAGCCAGAGGCGAGGAGCAGGUUCCCCUAGGCGUCAGCGGUACAAUGGUCGCAAUAGACUGGGACUCUUGUGUUGCAGAUGGUGCCUGUAUCGAAGCGUGCCCCGUUCAGGUAUUCCAGUGGUACAGAACCGAGAAGGACAUGCCAGCAGUCGACAUAGUAGGAGAGACGUUUGAUGGUAGCGGAAGCGACGUCAAAGAAGAACGCAAAGACUACACCGACAAAGCAGAUCCGAUCAGAGAGCAUGAUUGCAUCUGGUGCAUGGCAUGCGUAUCGGUCUGCCCUCCCGAAGCGGUCAAGGUUGAUCAAUCCAACCAAGAGGCACAUGAAAAAGCUGCAGGAACCCACGUAGUUAUGCCCAGCGGAGGCGGGAAUCCGCACGCACACGACUAG